AUGCUCGAGCCACGAGAAGCCGUGCGCCUCCUUGUACAGCAAGUAGGCAAUGACGCACCCCAUAACUGCCUCGCCGGCGAAAAAGGCAAGCGCGGUCGGUUAGCCGCUUCCAAAGAACGGCGCAUUAGCGGUGUUGUAGAUGAUGAGCGGCAACCAGGCUUGGAAAGUGAACGCAAGUGCUUCGACGACGCCGAUGCACACGAACCGCUGCUCGGCCGAGUGGCUCAUGGUUUCGUUGAUCCAGGACAUGUAGAGCACGCCACAGCCUGUCUCUGCAAACAGCAGGUACCAGCCCACAAACAUAGCGACGUGGUUAUGUGUCGGCCAGAUGGUAAGGAUGAUGCACCCUAUAACCGAAACCGUGCAGAAAACCACAAUCAUUGGCCAUCUCUUGCCGAUGAUGUCGGACGUCCACGUCAUGAUCACGGUGCACACUAUCUGCACAGCAUAACCAGCUGUCGGGUACGUGUUGAUGUGCGAGACCGAAUAGUGCUCCGACUAGAGCCACAGGUUCAUGUAGCUGUACAGCUUGAUGGCCACAACGUGGAAGAUGAACGCCGUGGAGAACAGCCAGACGGGCUACGUGAAAAACAGCGCCUUCAUCGAGUUGAGGGUGAGCUUCUUCCGCGGCUGCCUCUUGACCGCGUCGAGGUUGGCUAUAACCAGCUCUUUCUCGUCUUUUUUCAGCCACCACGACUUGGAAUCGUGUGGAGCGUCCGGGAUCGCAAAGUAGCCAUAGAUGGCCACCGGGAUCGUGAUAAUUCCGUCAAAAAUAAACAGCCACUGGUACGAGGCGAGGCCGUGCACACCGUUCAUGCCGCUAUGCAGUCCGCUCUGGAGGUAACCAGAGAACAUGUUAGAGAGCGAGGACGAGAUUUGGAAAAUGCCCGCGCGCUUGCCGAGCUGCGACGGGGUAUACCAUUGGCCAAGAAGUCCAAUGAGACCGCAAUAACUCGUACUUUCAAAAAGACCAGUCAGGAACCGCAGUGCGUACACCUGUUUGACACCCGCCUGCGAUUUGCUUGUUGCAGCUAG